GUGACUGGUUGUUUAAAAACAUCCAGGGACAUCCCAGGAGUACACCGGUUAGGUGUGAAAUUUGCUCAUAAUCCACAGAGAUGUUGCUUAAAACCAAGAAGACUUGCACUAGAAUCUGUGUUGGACUGUUUUUCUUGCUCGGUGGUAUCGAAUAUGCUGUAAUUCUUCCAACUCUUUGGUUGUACCUGGAGCACAGAUUUGAUGCAGAGCAAUGGUUUUUUGGGGUAGUGUUUGCAGCCUUCUGUUUCUCAAAUCUGUUGGCCAGUCCUUUUUUUGGCUUCUGGGUUGAUUAUACACGAAAAACCAAAUCUGCAAUUCUGUUUGCAAAUCUCUUUGAGAUUGGAGGCAAUUUCUUAUAUUUUGUUGCUUGGUCCAAGUACUGGGUACUUGGUGCACGUCUUAUUUCAGGUAUUGGUGCAGGAGUAGGUGCUGGAAUUUUUGCUCAGAUUGCAAGAACAACAACCGAACAAGAGCGAACCGGGAUGUUUUCCAUUGCAAUGGCCUUGCGACAGUUUGGUUUGUUAGUAGGACCUGGCUUCAAUCUUUUCCUGCGGAAGUUAAAUUUCAAAAUAGGACAAUUUGAAGUGGAUUCAUAUACUGCACCUGGAAUCUUCAUGGCUGCAUUAUGGUUGCUACUAGAAUUGAUUAUGACAUUCCUCUAUUAUGACCUGCCAACUGUAAAGAAUGAUGUUGAUGAUCAUUCAACUAAUGAUGAGCAACACAGAUAUGAUAACAGUGUCCAGAAUUAUAGUAGUACUGAGAGAAACAUAGCUAACAAUUCCAUAAAUGUUGAUGCAACAGAAAAUGAGCACAUUGUUUCUGGUGACAUGAUCAGGGAUCUGUACAGCAAACACAGUUCAAUCAUAGACAGCAGAAGGCAAAAUCUAAUAAACAGCGCAACUCAAGAUUUUCAGAAACAUGCAAGGAAUGAGCCAGUAAUGGAUAAGUGGCACUUAGCAAAAGAUCUUGUCCGUGAAGAAGUAAUUGUUAUCCUGGCAUCACAAUUUUUGAUGUUCUUUAAUCAAACAGCACUAGAGGCUAUAGUCACUCCUUUAUCUGAGUACCUCAUGGGAUGGAAGGAGUUAGAGAACAGUAUUGCCUAUUGUUUAAUAGCUUUAGAGGCCAUUCUAGUAUUUGCUCUUGUGAGAAAGCUCAGUCGAAAGCUUGCAGACAGGUGGCUAAUGGUGAUAGGUAUUGCCUUUGAAGGAUUUGCGCUAGUUUGGUAUCUCUUCCUUUUGGCCAAUGCAAAACCAUAUGAUUCUAUAGUUCUUCCAACCAUAAUUGUUGGCACAUUGGUCAUUGUGUUUGGUUUGCCGUUUUUCUCAGUAGCAAAUAUUUCCCUUUAUUCUAAAAUAACUGAUGAGAAAACCCAAGGUAUAGCUCAAGGUAUUCAGAGGUCAGUAACAGGAGUGGCCAUGAUCCUAGGUCCAUUAUGGGGAGGGGCACUGACGACGAGGCUCUUUAUUAUGUUGGGAGUCAUGGCAGGUCUUGAAGUUAUCUUAGCAAUUCUGAUGUACUUAUCUUUUCAUCGCCUUAAAGAACCUUCCAAGCAACUGCCAUCCCAGUACGACCAAAUAGGCUCUCAAAGUGAACGACAGCCUCUACUGGGAUGAAAGACCCUCUAUCUAUUUUGUACCAAGCCUUACUUCUCCCCUCUCCUUUUCGAGAGAGUUGAAAAUAAAAACAGCAAGCCUCCGUGUUUCCCCAGCCGGGAACGCCAUGAGCUAGGAUCGUGUGAAGUUUAUAGACAACUACUUCAGUCAUAGAGUUUAGAAGUUUAUAGACAACUAUUUUAGUCAUAUCUAAAUGAACCGGGAAACGGGAUUUCGCCCUCUCCCCAGAUUUCCUUCUGGGCCCCCAUCGAUGAGCUUUUUAGUUGAAUUGUUUGGAUAUGUCAGAAUAACAUGAUUGUUUUUGCCGCAAUUGCUCUUGAUCUUUUGAACAAUGGCGAGUCGCUAUCAGGGACGUUGCGGGGGACACAAAGCGUUGUACUUAGAAAAUUCUUGUGUGAAUUCUGUUGAAUUGAAUUUUAAGAAAACCUUGUCUUUGAACGACGAUAUCGGGAUGAAACUUAUGAGGAUAACUGGUAGAU